CAUGUAAACAAAAAAACAUAAACAAACCCUGAGAAACCGCUCCUAAACAAAAAUUGUGAAAAGUACACACAUUACCUUGUUGCUAAUGUAGGCCCAAGCCAUGCCAGUGGAUAUCAAAGAACUCACCGAAGGAUGGCUGGAGUUGGAAAGUGACCCGGGGCUUUUCACCCUCCUGUUGGAGGAUUUUGGGGUAAAAGGGGUUCAAGUCGAAGAGAUUUACGACCUAAACAAGCCCCUGGAUAGCCAAGUGUACGGGUUCAUAUUCCUGUUCCGUUGGGUGGAGGAGCGCCGCUCCAGACGAAAAGUCGUCGAGCAAACUGAGACCUUUGUGAAGGAUGAAGAUGUUGUCAACAACAUCUUUUUUGCCCAGCAAAUGGUUCCGAACUCAUGUGCCACUCAUGCCUUGAUCUCCAUUCUGCUAAACUGUGCAAAUAUCCAUCUGGGCGACACGUUGUUCAGGCUCAAAGCUCAUACACAUGGCAUGUCGCCUGAGAAUAAAGGCUGGGCUAUUGGGAAUACUCCAGAACUGGCUUGUGCCCAUAAUUCACAUGCCAUGCCGCAGGCCAAGAGACGGCUGGAAAAGAGCAGCAGUGUAUCAACAGGCAGAUUCACUGGACGAGGUGAGGCAUUUCAUUUUGUGAGCUUCGUACCAAUAGGCGGUCGCCUUUACGAACUCGAUGGUUUGAAGCCGUUCCCAAUUGAUCAUGGGCCGUGCAGCGAUCAGGAUUGGACAGAUAAUUUCCGCAGCGUUAUUCAGGACCGACUGGGAAUCACUGCGGAUGAAUACAACGAGAUCAGGUUCAAUUUAAUGGCAGUUGUUCCUGAUAGACGGCUGGCUAUUCAGCACAAGUUGAAAAUGCUGAGGACCAACAAGCAGAUUGUUCUGGAUGCGUUGCAGCAGAUCGUUAAAAUCAAAGACAAGGGCGGAAAAACCGAGAAUGUAAGCGAUCCAGCCAAAAAAGCCGAAGAGGUGAAGAUUGAAGAUGAGGAACUGAAGCAGGAGAUCAAGCAGCCGCUUGAAGAACCGGUAGCUGCCAGUAGCAGCAGCAUGACGCUUUGUCCAUUGGAUUAUUCAACUCCUCUGACUAUUCAAACGUCGCCAGCGCCUAGUACUUCAGGAACGGACACGCCGUCCGAUAUUGGAUCGAGUUCAGCUUUUAAUUCGCCGACGCAAGGCUGGAACUGGACAAAUGCGGCACAAAAUAGCCCCAAUUCAAGAGACUUAAAGCGGUUUGUUGUCCUGAGAAUGGCCGAACAGGAAAAGAACAACGCUUUGGAGGACAAGCUAAGUAAGAACAUGGAGAAGAAAUCGAGCAGCGGCGGAGUUCACGCCAGAGUGCACACAAGCGAUGGAGAUCCAGUUAUAGCCGAGAAGAAGAACCAAGAUAUUUUAGAGCCGCACACUUUCGCUCCCAAGGACUUGCUGGCUCUGCUGCGCAACUUGGAAAACGAAAUAUGCGUUUGCGAGAUGAGCCUCAAGGAUGAAAACGAUAAACAAAAUAAAUAUAAAAUAGACGAUUGCAGAAGGACCCACAACUACGACGAGUUUAUAUGCACAUUUCUGUCGAUGCUGGCUGAGCAAGGCAAACUGGCCGAUUUGGUGGAACAGAACCUUAUACUGCCGAAGCGACCGAGCACGGGCAUUCCAGUCCCGAAGAGUGUUAAAGUGAACAAAAAGGAAGUGAACAACCACACAAGAAAGAAGAAAAAGGGGCGAACCAAAGUAAAACGCCGAAGAUAAUUUAUAGUCUUGUUCAAAUAAGGUCUACUCAUAAGAAAUCAUCUGGUUGAAAUAUUGUAACUGGCGAAUAAAACUCCUUAAUAGUU